UACCAAGCUGCUGCCUUCCGUAAACAUGAAGGAUGGCAGGCCGAGGCUUUUCUGUAGAUGAUGCAUUUGAAUCUGAUGAAGAUGAAAAAAUCAGAACAUAUGGGUCCACAACAGCAACGAAAGCAUUUAGAGGUGCUGGUAAGCAAGAAAAGACAAAGGAACAGCACGAAGAACAAUCAUUUCAGGUUUCUGAAAGUGGUGGAUUACUAGAAACUUCCCCAGAUUCUCCUUCGGCUAAACUGGACUUGUCUCGGUUAUCAUUUGCUGACACUGGGACUACAGAUGAUGCAAGUAUAUCUGUGAAAACAUUCUCUGGCAAUGUGAUCUCUGUGAAUUUGUAUCAAAGCUUUUAGAAUAACAGGUUUCCUGUAAAGAUGUAGCUGCCAAAAUAAAGUACUAGUAGG